AUGUUGGAUAGAGAAGAACCACAUCAUUUCGGCGCUGGGCCGGCACAAUUGCCUACACCAGUCCUGCAACAAGCAGCAAAGGACUUGAUUAACUACAACGGUAUUGGUCUAGGUAUUGGUGAAAUUUCCCAUAGAUCAAAGGAUGCUACUAAGGUUAUUGAUGACGCUAAGAAGCAUUUGAUUGAGUUGAUGGAUAUCCCAGACACUCACGAAGUUUUCUUCCUACAGGGUGGUGGUACCACUGGGUUCUCAAGUUUGGCUACUAACUUGGAAGCUGCUUACAUUGCAAAGACUGGCGAAGUGGCUCCAGGUGGUUAUCUGGUUACAGGUUCUUGGUCCCAAAAGGCUUACGAAGAGGCAAAGAGAUUGCAUGUGCCAGCCCAAGUAAUCUUCAACAGCAAGGACUUUAAUGAUAACAAGAAAUUCGGGGACAUCCCAGAAGAGUCUCAAUGGAGUGAUAGAGUAAAAGGCAACAAAUAUGCCUAUGUCUAUCUAUGUGAAAAUGAAACUGUUCAUGGUGUCGAAUGGCAAUCCCUUCCAAAAUGUCUCACUGAAGAUCCUAACAUCGAGAUUGUUGCCGAUUUGUCUAGUGAUAUCUUAUCCCGUAAGAUAGAUGUCAGCAAAUAUGGUGUCAUUAUGGCUGGUGCACAAAAGAAUAUCGGUCUUGCUGGUUUGACUCUAUAUAUCAUCAAGAAAGAGAUUCUAAAAAAUAUUGAAAGUAUGGAUACUGAUAAAUUAGCCGAAAUGCAUAUCCCAAUUACACCAAUUGCAUUUGAUUACCCAACUGUAGCAAAGAACAACUCAGCUUAUAACACUAUCCCAAUUUUCACGUUGCAUAUUAUGGAUCUUGUUUUCAAGCAUUUGAUAACUAAAGGUGGUGUUAAAGCACAAGAAGAAGAGAAUAUCAAGAAAGCAGAGAUCUUGUACAAUGCACUUGAGUCGUACCCAGACUUCUACAACUUGCCAGUCGCCCCAAAGUCGAGAUCAAGAAUGAAUGUGGUCUUUACAUUAAAGAAAGAUAAUCUUGAUGAAAAAUUCUUGAAAGAAGCUGCUCAAGAUAAGUUGACAGGUUUGAAGGGUCACCGUUCCGUUGGUGGCUUUAGAGCAUCCCUUUAUAACGCGUUGACUCUUGAGUCAGUUGAGUUACUAGUCAAGUUCGUCAAGAAGUUCGCUGAGGAGAAUAAAUAG